AUGGAGCAUCACGAACACCAGAUACAGUUCUUACCAAAAGACCCCCUUGAAAUAGACUAUGAGGCAUUACCAGAGGAUGCAUCUUUGGCUGCACAUUUGAGUGCUGGUGCUUUGGCCGGUAUAGCUGAACAUACAGUGAUGUUUCCUAUAGAUUCAAUCAAGACGAGGAUGCAAAUGAAUUUGUCAACAAAAGACUUAUCCCGUGGGUUGGUGAAAUCAAUAUCACGAAUCAGUUCGACUGAAGGUUUCAGGGCCUUGUGGAAAGGUGUUUCAUCAGUAAUACUAGGCGCAGGUCCAGCACAUGCAAUUUAUUUUUCAGUUUUUGAGUCAACAAAGACAUUCCUUGUCAAUAGAUUGACAAAUUCUCCUCAUUCAACAAGAAUAGUCACUGAUGCAAAUCAUCCGCUUAUAGCCAGUUGCGCGGGUGUUGCUGCCACCACAGCAUCUGAUGCGUUAAUGACUCCAUUUGAUAUGUUGAAACAAAGAAUGCAAGCUAGCGCUGCACAUACUGAAAACAAAUCAACCUCGGUAAGAUUGAUUAAAUUGGCUCGUGAUAUAUACAAACACGAAGGUGUCUCUGCCUUUUUUAUUUCAUACCCAACAACCUUAUUCACAAACAUUCCAUUUGCUGCAUUGAACUUUGGAUUCUACGAAUACAGUUCAUCAUUACUUAAUCCAAAUAACUCAUAUAACCCAUAUUUACAUUGUGUUAGUGGAGGUAUAGCGGGAGGUGUUGCUGCUGCAUUAACCACACCGUUGGAUUGUGUUAGAACAGUAUUACAAACUAAAGGUAUAUCACAAAAUGAAAGUUUGAGACAUGUCACUGGAUUCAAAACUGCUGCAAAAGCAUUAUAUAAAGAAGCUGGGUAUGCUGCAUUUUGGAAAGGUCUUAAACCAAGAGUAAUAUUCAAUAUCCCAGGUACAGCUAUAUCGUGGACAGCAUAUGAAUUCUGCAAGGAGAUCUUGAUUAAAGGAUAA